UAUUAUCUCUCCCAAAUCCAAACGAAAUAACUUCUCUCCAUCGCUCUCGCUGAAAAAUGGCGAAGUCGAGAAGUGUCUUGAUCUUGUGCGGUGACUACAUGGAAGACUACGAGGUGAUGGUCCCGUUCCAAGCUUUGCAAGCUUUCGGAGUCUCCGUCCACACCGUCUGCCCCGGUAAGAAAGCUGGUGACUCUUGCCCCACCGCCGUUCACGAUUUCUGUGGCCACCAGACCUAUUCUGAGUCACGAGGUCACAAUUUCACGCUCAAUGCAACAUUUGAUGAAGUUGACCUUAGCAAGUAUGAUGGAUUGGUUAUACCAGGAGGACGUGCUCCAGAAUACCUGGCCUUGACUCCAUCUGUUGUUCAGUUGCUUAAAGAGUUUUCAAGCUCUGGCAAGCCCAUUGCCUCUAUUUGCCAUGGGCAGUUGAUAUUGGCAGCUGCAGACACGGUUAAUGGUCGAAAGUGCACAGCUUAUGCCACUGUUGGACCUGCUCUUAUUGCUGCAGGGGCCAAGUGGGUCGAACCAGUAACCCCGGAUGUUUGUGUUGUUGAUGGUAGCUUGAUUACUGCAGCUACAUAUGAGGGUCAUCCUGAAUUUAUCCAGCUUUUUGUCAAGGCUCUGGGCGGUCAAAUAACUGGAGCUAAUAAAAGAAUCUUGUUUCUCUGUGGGGAUUAUAUGGAAGACUAUGAAGUCAAAGUCCCUUUUCAGUCCCUUCAAGCGUUGGGAUGUCAAGUUGAUGCGGUUUGCCCAGAUAAGAAGGCUGGUGAUCGUUGCCCAACUGCAAUCCAUGACUUUGAGGGUGACCAAACUUACAGUGAGAAACCAGGCCACACUUUUGCUUUAACUAGUAACUUUGAUGGCCUAGUUUCCUCGUGUUACGAUGCUCUGGUCAUUCCUGGAGGCAGAGCACCAGAAUAUCUGGCCUUGAACCAAAAUGUCCUUAACAUUGUUAAAGAAUUCAUGAAGUCUGAGAAACCAGUUGCAUCUAUUUGUCAUGGACAACAGAUCUUAGCUGCUGCUGGUGUCCUCAAGGGAAGGAAAUGCACUGCUUAUCCAGCCGUGAAACUGAACGUGGUACUUGGAGGAGGAACUUGGCUAGAACCAGAUCCGAUCCACAGAUGCUUCACUGACGGGAAUCUGGUAACUGGCGCAGCAUGGCCUGGACAUCCAGAGUUUGUGUCACAGCUAAUGGCUUUGUUGGGCAUUCAGGUUUCAUUCUAAGUUCCAUGUAAUGUAAACAUUCCCUUUCACGCGGAAUCCGUUCAACCCACUUGUUUACUAUGUUCUAAUAUGUGUUAAACUUAACGGGUAUGUUAUAUGUUUUUUUGCUGCAAUCUCCCAUGCUACCAUUGA